GCGCGAGGCGGGCGCGCUACUAGUGCUGCUGCUGCUACUGUAGCUACUGCUGCUAUUGCUACUGCUGCUGCCAGUGGUGCUGCAGUGGGCGGCAUUGCGUGCCCCCCUUGCGCCCGCUGCCUGAGGCGCAACGGGUGUUUUUCGUCAUGGAUGAGGUCGUCGCAGAGUACAUCCGCAGGACCGUGCUGAAAAUCCCCCGCGAUGAAAUCAUGGGCGUGCUGCGGAAAUGGGGCUUUCUGUCCGAGACCCAGCUGAGCGCUAUAAACUUCCGUCAGACCAAAGAGAGCAUUUCUCAGGAGGUUGUGCAGCUCUGUGAGGAAAAUUCUGCAGACAUAAAGCAAGCAGCCAUUCUGGACAUAAUUUACAACAACAUCUAUCCCAACAAAAGAGUGUGGAGUGUUUACCAGAUGAAAAAAACAGGGGAAGAAACAGACUUGUUUGACUUUACAAAUUUCAAAAAAAAGUUUAAAAGACGACUUCAAUCAGCUUUGAAAAAUGUCACCAUCAGCUUUCGCGAAUAUGAGGAUAAUGCAAUCUGGAUUAGAAUUGCCUGGGGAACACCAUAUACAAAACCAAACCAGUACAAAACCAGCUACGUUGUAUACCAUUCACAGACUCCCUACGUCUUCAUUUCUGUCUCUGUGCUUAAGAGCAACUUACCUCUGCUAUGUCAGGCACUGAUUGUUGCUUCCAAUUACCAUGACAUCCGUGAAAUGGAGCUUCGAAGUCAUUGUUUAAACUCCCUUAAAGAUAUUGUGUUUAAGAGAUAUAGCCAGAACUUCCAGACCCACUAUCCAAAACAAGAAAAGAAUGUAGCCACGGAAAAUGUGGAUGUAAGGAUAAUUCAAGAAGACAAAAGUGAGAAAGAAAGAAUACAGAGAGUGAAUCGGGAAGUUUUUGGUGAUGGUCCCCAACCCAAACUCGAAUUUGCACAAUAUAAGCUUGAGACAAUGUUUAAAAGUGAUCCUAAAAUGGAUGUUUUGGAGAGAAGAGAGCCAUUCCGAUGUCUGGUCAAGUUUUCUAGCCCAGAUCUUCUAGAAUCACUGAAAUCCUUGGCGCCAGCAGGUAUGGCUGAUGCCCCUCUUUCGCCACUACUCACGUGCAUACCACAUAAAGCUAGGAAUUAUUUUAAAAUUAGAGAGAGGAAGGGUGUCCUUCCAGGAAGCUUUGUAAGCCCUUAAUUUAAACAGAAUUUUUUUCAUAUCGAAAUACACAAUUUGUUUGUUACUGAUAUUAAUCUAAAUAAUAAUAAAAUUUAAGAUUUUAAAAUUCUAACUUAUUCUUUUGAUAUUCCCUUAAAAGCUUUUUGUUUCUGGCUUCAGGCUAGCCCUUAAAAAAUAAAAAGCCGGUAUUUGUGAAGUUUAAAUCAUGAUCAUUUUAAAUUUAAAUGUGAUGAGUGCUCUUACCUGUAUUUGCUAUUAGAAGCUAAAGCCUAAUACAGAUACAGUAAGACGUGUGUAGCUGUUCAGUUUACUGUCACGGGUAUAGAUGGCUACGGUAGUGUAGGUGGCCUUCUUAUUUUUGCUGCAGUGCAGCGAUGAAACGGAACACGUGCGCCAUUUUAAAUACGUGAACAAUCCCAUUCAAAUAAGUGGAACUACGAGUCUGCUUCAGGCCAGGCAUGUUUUUGUCUUAGUAAAUGAAAAUUAUGUUUAAAGAUGAUUGCAGGGCAUGGGCUAGAAGAGACUCUGGGAAUGAAGAAAUCAGUGAGAAGUUUCCAUCUAGCUUUACUGCAUUUUAAUUCAAAUUCAGUGUUUUUACUCACCAAGGGCAAUAGCCAACAAUAAAUACUUAAUUUAAAAAUUAUAGCUAUUGGUAUUAAUCUCAUGAAAUAUUAUCUUAGAGGAAUACAGUGAAAUUGGCAAUAAUUUUCUUUUGAGAUAUUCCGUGUUUUAGAGUGUGUUUUUCAUUGAAGACUUGAUCCUUCUGCAAUCUUUGCAUGCUGCCACUUUUUUGAGCGUGGGGACGUAAGGAUUGCAGAACGGAGAUGGCAACAUUCAGUGAUGCAACCAAUGGCUUUACAGUGGAGUUCUUUAGCUCUGGUAAACAGUAAUUUGUUAUAUAUAGAUAUUUUUAUGUAACUUGCUGUAUUAUUUCUAAUAUAAGAUAUAGCUUUGGUCUGAAGAUUCAGUUACAGUGAAUGUAUAUUUGUUUCUUAAUUCUGUUACCUGGAAGCUUAUUGUGCGGGUCCUUUGUGUCCAUGGAUUUCCAAUUCACUUCAGAUAUGUUGAUAUGAAGAGACAGUCUCUCAAAAAACCUUCAUGGCAGAGCGUAACUGUUUUCAAAGGUUGCAUGGAAAUGUUUUUUUCAUUUCAAACUGUAAAUAAAUGUGUA